AUGGAACUCCUCAAAGGCGUCUUCAACACGGGUCUAGGAAUGGGCACCGGCGCUGUGUCCGACACAGUUAAACUAGUAGUCAUAGGUGGAACAGUGGAAACCGCACGACGCGUCGCACGCUCGAGCUGGAACUCGUUCCUCGACUCAUUCUUCUUGACCGCCCAUUUUACACAGAAUGACACCCCGUAUGAAUGGAUAAUGCAUUGGCUGAGCAAACAACCCGCAUGGGGUCGCUCUCGCGAAUUUGAUAUUACAACCCGGACUGUCCGCAAGGGAGCAGGCUCAGCUGGUGACUUUGAAGACGAGGACGAAGAAGCAACUAUUGUCAAGGGAAAUACCCGUAGUAUGAUUGCAUUUAUGCCUGCCCAGGACACGACACACACAAUCUACUACCGUGGUCAUUGGCUCCGAAUCACGCGCUCGAAACGCGCUUCGGAGUAUGGCAACGUCCGGGAAAUCAAGAUUAGCGUCGUAGCGCGCAACAAUACUGUCAUCAAGCAGCUCGUACUCGAGGCAAAGAAGAUGUACGAAAAGGACGCAGAGCACCGCAUCCACGUUUACAUUCCCGAGACGUGGGGUGGCUGGCGCUGGAAUGGCAGCCGUCAGAAGAGGCCUCUGGACUCGGUCGUCCUCGAGUCCAGCGUCAAGGACAUGCUCGUUUCAGACUGCAAGGACUUUAUGAAUAGCGAGGAUUGGUAUGCCGAGCGCGGAAUUCCGUAUCGUCGAGGGUAUCUUCUUUAUGGAGUCCCAGGAAGUGGCAAGUCAUCUCUGGUCGCUGCUCUCGCCGGCGAGCUCGAUUUGAACAUUUAUGCACUCAGCCUCAGCGCCAAAGGAAUGAGCGACAAUACGCUGAUGCAACUAAUGGGUCGUAUUCCAACGCGCUGCAUUGUCCUUUUGGAGGAUCUGGAUGCAUCUUUCACGCACUCGACCACCCGUGACAAGAAGUCUACUGGUGCACCGACUGUUUCAGAGAAAGCUACAGAGCCGGACGGCAAUACACUCACUCUGAGCGGACUUCUCAACGCUAUUGACGGCGUGACGGCUCCAGAGGGUCGCAUCCUUAUCGCUACAACGAAUCAUAUCGACCGACUGGACGAAGCGCUCCGUCGUCCAGGACGCAUGGACGUCUGGAUUAACUUUAAGCAUGCGACAAAGUGGCAAGCCGAAGGUAUCUUCAAGCGCUUCUUCCCUAUCAAGCCCAAGGUCUCGAGCGGGCUGGAGACCCCUGUCUCUCCUUCUUCCUCGCCCACUUCUCCUGCGCACCAGCUCCCUGCCCUUCGCACAGCACUUGCAGACGACAAGCUCCAAAAGUCUCGCAAGAUUCCUCUCAACGCUCUUGACGAGGACGAGCUCAACGAACUUGCGCAUCGGUUCGGUCAAUUGAUCCCUGAAGACGAGGUCAGCGUCGCAGCUCUCCAGGGAUAUCUCUUGAAGAACAAGUCUCGCCCACGGGAAUGUGUCGACGAGGUGUCUGCCUGGAUCGUCGAAGAGCGCGAGCGCAAGGAAAAGUUGAAGAAGGAAAAGGAAGAGAAAGAGCGCAAGGAGAAGGAGGAGCAAGAGAAGAAGGAAAAGGAGGAAGAGACCAAAAAGGCUGAAGAAGAGGAGACCAAGAAGGCAGAUGAACUCGCAGCGGCGCGUAAAGCGUAUCGCAAGGCGAAGCGCGCAGCCACGACUGCAAAGACGACGACCGAAUCCACCUCUACGACGACCGAAACUGGUCUCCAGACCCCGCCUGCGGAAGACUCGACUGCCACUAGCAGCACUGCAACAGAAAGCGCUGACGAGUCGAGCAGCGGCGAAGAGUCAUCGUCUGCGGAUGAUGACAAGAAGAAGAAGCGACGCAAGGCCAAGUCGAAGAGUGGAAAGGACAAGUGGGUGGCCGUGUCGAAAGCCACCGCCGCCGAGGAGAGUCCUGCGGAGACCAAGGCCGAGGAGACAAACGACGCAGAAGAGGAUACGUCUGCUGUUGAUGCCCUCGUCGAUGCAGCAACUCAAAUCUCAACGGAGCAGACUGCGUAA